AUGUUAGAGGAACCACCUACUGAAAUUGCCCCAUCUACCUCCGUGCAAUCUCCCUCAAGGUCAGCCCAAAAAGCCCGCGACGGCUAUUUUCAAUGUGGUUUCUGCAAGAAACACUAUAACCGUGCCGACCAUUUAAUCCGCCAUGUUCGGUCGCAUACCCGAGAGAAGCCCUAUGUGUGUCACAUUUGCAACAAAGGCUUCGCUAGACCGGAUCUCAUGAAACGUCACGCCGCAGGUCAUGAUCAACCCCGCGACGGCAAGAGAAAACGGCCGCCAGUCUUCGCCAAGAGUGGCCGUGUCUCCCAAGCUUGUCGAGCAUGCGCAACGUCAAAGCUCAAGUGUGACGAGGAGAAGCCUUGCCGACGGUGCCGAGACAAGAAGCUGGAGUGUGACUGGCAGGAGGCAAAUCCCGGCGAGAUGUCUCCCGGUUCAUCAUCGCAAGCACCCAUCAUGAAUGAGUUGCCGCCACCCAUCGACCCUACGUUCGCCACGCCGGAUUUCCCAGUCAGUAAUUUCCUGCCUCAGGCACCCGAUUCGGCUCCGCUGGAGGAUCCACUGACCACCAGCUACGAUGGUACCCUGACGGACUGCCUGCUAGCAAUUUCUCCCAGCCUGGACCACGAAAGUGGUAUCUUUAGCAUCGAUGGAACCUUUUUCCCGGAAUUCAUCCCCGAUUCUCUGAUCACCUCUCUCUCACGUCCGGAUCUGGAUCCAUUGUUGAACCACACCCAAGAGUAUGCUUAUGGGGUCUUCGACCAAAACAUACCAUUCAACUUCGAUCUCACCGAAAUAGACUUUGGACUUCUCGAAUACUUCAACUCCCAAGGGAUCACACAUCAUGCACCCCCCGCUCCUGAGGCACCCAAUGACCGGGUGGAUGUGGAGAGUGGGAUUGCGCUGGGCGCUGAAGCUUAUAAGCGUUCCUCACUGUCCGCGUGGAAGCCUGCGCAGAGCGACAAUGCAUUCGCACACCAAGGCGAUCUUGCUAUCCCCGGGACUAUCGACAGCCCCGAUACAAGUCUUCGAUCCGAACGGAGAGUUCUUUCCGAACGACUGUCGGCAGGGAGCCGCGAUCUGAUUUUCGGAAUGGUGCUGCAGGCCAGCCAGAAAGCCAAUCCGCUUCGAAUCAUGAAGUCGUUUCCGAGCACAGAGCUUUUGGACGGACUGAUACAGGAUUACUUUGCAUAUCAGAGCCGGCAGGUCGAUUCCUACAUACACGGCCCAACAUUCCGGAUCAAUGAACAAAGCUCCGACACCCUUACCGCCAUCGCCGCCGCGGAAGCAACAAGGUCCACUAUUCCAACUAUCCGCAAAUUGGGCUACGCACUACUGGAGAUCGUGCGACUGCAGAUUUCAGAUAAGUACGAAACUGAUAACCGGACGACUCGUGAUCUGCGAGCUUCUCAAACAUUCGCCUUGGUCCUAGAUAUUGGACUCUGGAGCGGAAACGGUCGAAGGACAGAGAUUGCGGAAAGUUUCCAACAGCCUCUACUUACGGUUCGUUCGCAAUAUGCUGAGGCGCUGUUCGAAGCUAACACUUCCCAGAUGCUCAGAAGAGCCCUAAGACUUCGACGAUCUGUGUAUACAGUAAUCGUCCCUAGUCUCGCAGAUACUCCAGAGGAACUUGAACAAAAGUGGCGGGAUUGGGCGGAGCUGGAGUCAUUCAAGCGACUGGUACACCAUCUCUUUCUACAUGACGCUCAAGCCGCGCUGAUGCUGAAUGUCAACCCUCUCGUCUCGUAUGCGGAGCUGGAACUUCCCCUUCCUUCUAUCCGGUCCUUGUGGGAAGCGAAGUCGUCAACGGAGUGGAGGGAUGCUUACCUGGCCUCCGGUUUGACUGGCCGGGAGCGACUGCCAUCACUGGUCGAUGCUAUGAGAGACAUGUCCCGCUUGCAGACACGUGUUGAUUCACAAUUGGCUGGGUUCGUCGUUUUGCACGGCUUAGCAGCGAUGGUCACUGAGUAUCACCGCUUCAGUUUCAUCUCCAAGGGAAGCUCCAAGCACUGGAAUGGGCUAGUAAUCAGCUCUCGGCACCAGGAGCUAUCACAGGCCCUGCAGCACUUCCGUAUGGUCUGUUACGAAUGGUCUGAGUUUCCUGGACCUGAGGUGUUCCUAGUCCACGAAGUGAUCUCCAUGUUCUUGUAUAUGUCUCUCGAAGAACUUCAGCUCUUUGCUGGCAAGGAAGACAAAAGAGAGGCUCGUCGGGUGUACCACAGUGCCCUCGAAUGGAUCGAGAGCAGCGACUCGCGGCGCGCCGUGUGGCACGCGGGUCAAGUUAUUCGCGCUGCUAAAGCCAUGGCACCCGGAUCACUCACUGGGUUUCUGGCCGUUGGGGUGUACUACGCGAGUCUGGCCUUCUGGUCCUACAGUGUAGUCUCCAAAGCCAAGAGCGUGAAGUCGACCGGGCAGGCCGGUGGCAGCCGAUCGCUGGGCCUGAAUCCCCGGAACAACCAAUUUCCCACCACGUAUCUCGACGGGGAAGAGACGACGGAGGUGCAGAAAUUCAUUUCGCUGGGAUGUGGAUCGCCGGCUUUACAGGGGCCACAGGGACCUGCAUUUGUAUCCGAUCCGAGACAGACAAUGGAUGUGGCGCAGGGGCUUCUGCGGGCGGAUGCCUCAAACGAAGCACUUCCUCCACUGGUCCAGGGGCUCUGUCAGUUGAUGGGUGAUUUGGGUAAAGCGGCCAAGUCUACGCAAUAAGUGAGAAUUGUAUCAUGUCCCCUGUGUGUGGAUCACUGUAAGAUUUGGAGUAUAAU